CGCCAGACAAACCCUCCCAAGCAUCAUGGAUCCGGAGGCGUUCCUUGAUAUCGCCAACCAGGUGAUCAAGCUGAAGAUGUUCCCGUACUUCGAUAUUGCGCACAGCCUGCUCUGCGCGCUAUCGGUCAAGGAGGAUCUCGGUGCGGGUGCACACACCUUUUCCCGCAAGCAUCCGCUCGCCUGCUGGCUGUCGACGAUGCUGGUCGUCUUUGCCGGUGGCAUGGUCGCAAACGGGCUGCUCGGUGAGCCGAUUCUGGCACCGUUAAAGAACACACCCCAGCUGCUGGUUGCCACUGCCUGCUGGUACAUCGUCUUCUACACGCCGUUCGACAUCGGAUACAAGGUGGCCAAGUUCCUGCCCAUCAAGCUGGUGGCAAGCGCCAUGAAGGAGAUCUACCGUGCGAAGAAGAUUCACGAUGGUGUGACGCACGCCGCCAAGCUGUACCCGAAUGCGUUCAUCAUCAUGAUCAUCAUCGGUACGCUGAAGGGUAACGGAGCCGGCUUUACCAAGCUGAUCGAGCGCCUCAUCCGUGGCGUGUGGACACCGACCGCAAUGGAGUUCCUGCAGCCAAGCUUCUACACCAAGGCAUCGUUGAUCGCUUCGAUCAUCUUCGUGCUGGACAAGAAAACGGACCUGAUUUCGGCCCCGCAUGCGCUCGUCUACUUCGGCAUCGUUAUCUUCCUGGUGUACUUCAAGCUGUCGUCGAUUCUGCUCGGCAUUCACGAUCCGUUCGUGCCGUUCGAGAACCUGAGCUGCGCGCUACUGUUCGGCGGCAUCUGGGACAGCCUGGCCAAGAUACUGGGCCGCGGCCAGGCCAAGGAGGAGCCGAAGGAUGCGAAAAAGUCCAACUAAGCGC